UUAGACCAUCACUAUCAUUAAUCAGUUUGUAGACAUUUCAGUAUAAUCAACUGACUGACAAAACAGACCGGUAAGUCGAUCACAAACGACAGCUACUAAGUGAGAACUGAAAACAAGUCUAAAAUUGAACUGCAUUAGCGACUUCUUAGUGGAUGAUGAUGUUCACUCGAUAUACAUGAGAAGAUCCAAGUUUCGUGAUGUAUUUCAUUGUUCGGUCGUUCUUCACACGGCGUGAACAUAAAAACCAUUGACUUUUUUCAUUAAGUGAAAUUGGUUUCCAUACAGACACACAUCGAGGAUUUCAAAAAGAGGAAGAAGAAUUGAGCGGAAGCGCUAAGGUCUUAAAGGAUAUUUCUUGUGAAAUGCAAAUGGAGGGAGAGGAGGGUGUCAUGCAAUCUCCUCAUAGACGAUGCAAGUCAGUGCCAUCAAUGAACAGCGGUAGUAUUGAGUUGAAUGAUACUGGAUUAUAUACGGUAAGGUCGAGAAGUGGCACAGACACUGGGCAAAGACUUGUGCCCUCAAAUCGAUCAAAAAUACGUCUAUCAAGCGGUGGACUUCUUCGAAGUCAAAGCAAAAAGCGACGAGCUAAAAACGGUAACGAAAAGUCUCGGUCAGUUGACUAUGACAUCGAAGAAAGCGAUAAAUCAACCAGAAAGAAUUCUACUGAGUCGAAUCCGUCGAUAGAAGAAAGAAGUGAAGAUUUUGUGUCUAGAAGAAGAAAAUUCGGCGUUUCUGUGGCAAAUAAUCUUGUGCCGAAAAGACAAAACAUUAAAAUGCAUAGAGAAGAGGAUUUCCAUAACAACGAUGAACAUGAACAAACACCCGUACAAGACAUUGGUACGAGAACCGACGUGGGAGAUCAACAUCAGUCGAGAGAUCCAGGAGUGUCAAAGCAUAUCAGCGAUUUAGAUAAAACACUUGACGUUGAUAAAACCUUUAACGGCAACCAAGAUAUAAAGGAAGAACUGCACAAGUGUUCGAAGGGGCAAGAAACGAUCUUGAAGUCCAGGCGACGAUCACUUCCGGCCAAGUUGUCUAAAUAUCACGAAGACUUAAAUUUAGAUUAUCGAAAAGGUCACGAACGUGAUGGUGUACAUGGAAAUAGUGUUACCUUGCAAGAAAUGCGAAAAUUUCACUCAUUGCCAACAGAAUUAAAUGAAUGCUAUUUAUCAACAACCACACAAAAAAUGGCUUUCAUCAAACCAAACGAGAAUCAGCCAGUCGACAACUUGGAUCAAAACAUGGAACUAGAUCUUGGAGGGGAUAAAUUAACAUAUGACAAUGAAGACAAUGCAUUUGAAGAAAAUGACCAGUCUGCUUCAAGUGAGAAUAAACAACGUGGUGUGACAAAAACAAAAUCUAUACCCCAAAAUGUUGCAAAAGAUAAUGAAAAUCAGUCAAGGGAACUUGAAGUAUGUCACCAAAUCUCACGAUGUCAAGAUGACAAACCACUUAAACAUCAUCGAAGAAAAAAACCAAAACAACAACGAAGAACCAAAUCACUACCUGCUCUUUUGGUCUUAGAAGAAAUUCCUGAAGUAAAUGAGGAAGAGGGAAAUUUUGACGAUUCAUUGGAAAGCAUUGCAAGACUUCAUGUAAAUAAAGCGUUUUGUGAACUUCUCCGGAGAAUUAGCAUUAACCAAGCAAAGAAAGGAAGAAAGAAAGUGCGGCGAACACAUUCUCUUUCAACAAUACAAGAGCGACUUUAUGAAGAAAAUGAACAAAGUGAGAAACUAGGGACAGCAGUUCACAAUCACGUGAAAGAAGAUCACGCAACGCACGUGCAAGAGACUUACGAUAACGUAAAUAUUGAACAGUUCGCUGAAGGAACCUUCCUACAUAAAAACUUUGAAAAUAAUGGGCAGUGCGAUGAAGGCGCUGAAUAUUGCGAAAGACAUAUAGAAAACUCAAAAGACAAAAAUGAACGGCUAAAGGUAAACGAAGGAAUGGAUUUCGCAGGAUAUGCUCACAAAGAACAAGAUGAUUUUAAACCUGAGGAGACGUUUGGGGAACGAAAUUAUGAACGCAUCAGGACACAUGAGCAAAAAAGUGAUGAAGCAAGGUCAAGUGAAGGUUUCUGCGAAGAGCCACAUCGGCCCUCACAGUUACAACGUGAUCAUUCUGAUAACUUUCUCACAAAUGAAAACAAUAAGAAAGUAUUAGAAACGCAGCAAGUUCACAAAAAGAAAAAGAAGAAAAAGAAAAGACAAAAGAAGAAAAAAGGAUUCCAAUCCGAAUCACCAGUAAAUAACCAAGGACAACCAGAGUCUUUACCCGAGGAUGACCAGGGGCAACGUAUGAAAUCUCUUGAGGAUAACAGAGAACAACCAAAGCAUCAGGAACAGUCCGUGCAUUCUCUUGAUGAAGACCAGCAACAACCAAAGCAUUCUCUGGGUUGGGACCAGGAACAACCCAAACAUUCUCUUGUGGAAGACCAGGAGAAACCCACUAAUUCAUUUGAGAAUGACCAGGAACAACCCAAAAAUUAUCUUGAGGAUGACCAGGAAUCACCGAGGAAUGUUGUUGAGAAUGACCAGGAACAACCCAAGAAUUCUCCUGAGGAUGACCAGGAACCACCGAGGAAUGUUGUUGAGAAUGACCAGGAACAACCCAAGAAUUCUCCUGAGGAUGACCAGGAACAACCCAGACAUUCUCUUGAUGAAGACCAGGAACAACCCAAGCAUUGCCUUGAAGACCAGGAGCAGCAAAAGAACUCUCUUGAAAAAGACCAGGAACAGCACAAGCAUUCUCUUGAUGAAGACCAGGAACAACCCAAGCAUUCUCUUGAAGACCAAGAGCAGCAAAAGAACUCUUUUCAUGAAGGCCAGGAACAGCACAAGCAUUUUCUUGUGGUAGACCAGGAGCUACCCAACAAUUAUCUUGAGGAUGACCAGGAACAACCGAGGAAUUCUGUUGAGAAUGACCAGGAACAACCCAAACAUUCCCUUGUGGAAGACCAGGAGAAACCCACCAAUUAUCUUGAGAAUGACCAGGAACAACCCAAGAACUCUUUUGAUGAAGACAAGGAACAGCACAAACAUUCUCUUGUGGUAGACCAGGAACCCAACAUUUAUCUUGAGGAUAACCAGGAGCAACCCAAGAAUUAUCUUGAGGAUGACCAGGAACCCAAGGAUUCUAUUGGGAAUGACCAGGAACAACCCAACCAUUCUCUUGAUGAAGACCAGGAUCAACACAAGCUUUAUCUUGUAGAAGACCACGAGCAAACCACCAAUUAUCUUGAGGAUAACCAAGAACAAUCCAAGAUAUAUCUUGAGGACGACCAGGAACAACCCAAGAAUUCUCUUGAGGAUGGCCAGGAACAACCCAAACAUUCUCUCGAAGAAGACCAGAAACAAACCAAAGGCCAGGAGCAACCAAACUAUACUCUUGAGGAAGACAAAGAUCAAGCAAAACUUUCUAUUGAUGACCAUGCACACCAUAACUCUUCUCUGAGGAAUUCCCAAGAGCAACUCAAACCUGCUCUUGAAAAUAACCAGGGAAUAUCCGAGCUUUUGUUUGAGAAUGACCCGAGGGAAACUGAACCUUCUCACUGCGAUAAUCAAGGGCAAUCCUGGCAUUCUGAUCAUCAAAACCAACUCGAGUAUGAAAGAGUACCAUCCGAGAGAUAUGAAACAGAAAUUGAAAGAUACAACCAGGAUGCAGGAGUAAAAGCUGACGAGGUAAUUGCACAUUGUACAGACGAUGACCGCUGUCUAACAUUCAGUGAAGUACAAGAAGACAGUGAAAUUUUCCACGAUGAUAUGAACUUAGACAUUCCAGACAUCCAACUGUCAGAGGUGAGCGUUGGAAAAACCUUGGAGUUUGAUGUAGACCAGCGUAAUACACUUAUUGCUAUCGACAAGACGCAAGAUGAAUCUGAAAACUUUCAAUGUGAUAUCUUACAACAUGUACAAGCUAUAGAUUACACAUCUUUAGAUACUACAAAACCACAAAGGCCCAAGGUCCUCCCUUUAAUGGAGCUUAUCCCUGAAGUUGAUUCUGACAAUUGUGACAAAGAGGAUUCGCCACGGACAGAAUUAAACAGAUGUACUAAGCCAGGAAAUGAGGAAGAAACAACCCAAACAUGUCGCCUUGAAAAUAAGGCGAUUCAAAAACGUGUCACGUGGUCUGAACAUCUUAUAGACGCUAAGUCACCAGAAACUCCURUAUCACCUGACCUAGAAUUUUCGCAUGCCAUAGACACAGAUCAUGUGACUAAGGGAGAUAUCACUGAACAAGACAAAGACUUUGACGGUAUAUUAAGAGAUGUCAUCAACAGUUGUCUUGAACCAGAUUACAGCACAUCGAAGUCUGCAGUUCAUCGUGCAGUCGCCCAAGGGAGUGUCGAGACCCUGGUAUGUCUAAUAGAGGACGGUGUUGAUGUUAACGGUCUUGAUGAACAUGGCUGGCCUCCAUUACAUGUAGCCAUGCUCACAAACAAUGUUGACUGUGCUGCAGUACUGUUGGAUGCAGGUGCUGACUUACAACAUUACACGGAUGCACUAAUCCAGGAAUACCGAACAGUUAGAAAAGACGCUACUAGCAUUAGGUACGGGUAAACAAGGCCAUGAUUUGCCCAUUGAUACAGU